AUCCAGCAUCCACAUAAAAAAAAAUAGUUGUAGUUGAGAAGGAAAAAAUCAUUCACAUAUACAAUGAGUGUGAAAAAAAAUGAGAUGGAAGAAGAGAAGGAGGAGAGAGAGCUUGUUGAUCAUUGGAACCACGGCCAUCCACUUACUUUGGUGGAAAUUCAUGACAAAACUGAUUAUUGUAAUAGUUGUAUAAAGUAUUUUAGUAGUGGAGAGAAAGCUUACCGAUGUAGCCAGGAACAUGGGGGAUUGCGAUUCCUAUUACACCAAGAAUGUGCAGGACUGCCGAGGAAGAUUAAACACGCAAUGCACCCACACCACAUACUCACUCAAGUAUUCGUGGACAGAUUAGAGAAAUCAAAGUCUUGUGCACUCUGCAAAGAUAUUGUCACCGGAAUGUUUUACGUAUGUGCGAGAGCAGGAUGUAUAUUUGCGAUGCAUAUCAGAUGCACGCUGGGCAGCGGCGUGAUUGAUGCAGCCGAGGAUGAGGAUGAUGAUGGGCAAAGUGGCGGCAUCAUAGAUCAUCCGAGUCACCCCAGACAUAGGUUGAGGUUUGUGAGGAGGCGGUGUUCCUUCAUGUGUGAUGCUUGCGGCACCACACACGAGGGGAGGUCUUACAUGUGUUGCAGAGCUAAUUGUCAGUAUUGGAUCCACGAGAGAUGCGCGUCUUUGCCUCAGACCAUCGAAAGAGAAGACCACCAUCACUCACUCUCCCUCUCUUUUCAUGUCCCACCUCUGUAUCUGAAAUAUAACUACAGAUGUGAUGUGUGUAGCAAAUAUCUACUGCCCAGAUAUUGGAUAUAUCAUUGUCAGCUUUGCAGCUAUGUCGUCCAUCUCAAGUGUGCCUUCAACAAGUCGUCCCAAGUCAGAGAAAAGAAUGAUGAUGAGAAAAAGAUUAUAGUGUUCCCAAUAAGUGAUGUGGGUGAGGACCAAAUUGGAGCUUUUGUAAAGAGACAAGGAGGAACUAUAUCAAUACCACCCAUCCCUCAUCAUGAUGUCGAUUAUGAGUUCCACAAACACAAACUCAGAUUAGUCUCAGCAUCAUCUUCAUCUGAAGAAGAAGAAGAAGAAGAAGAAGAAGAAAAUAGUGAUGAUGAUGGGGAAGACCACUAUGGUCGUCAAAAAUCGGAACUAAUAUGUGAUGCGUGCAUUACUCCUAUAUUUCGAAAACAGAGAUCAUCUUCUUCUUCCAGAAGUAAAGAUUACUGCUACAUGAGUUGUAGCAGUGGAUGCAACUAUAAUCUUCACAUGGCGUGCUUUCACUUGCCACCUCGCCUUCCUUACAUUUCACUCCACCAUCGAUCCGGUCACCACCUAAUUCUCGGAACUUUUGACAAACUCCGAUAUAAUCGUUGUCGCGUGUGUGGUUGCUAUUCGGAUGGGUUGAUUUACAAGUGUACAAAAUGCUCCUUCAAAGCAGACAUCAAAUGCGCUUCCAUGCCGGACACCAUAUAUCACACGGCUCACCCACAACAUCCACUCAACCUUCUCCAACGUCCCAACUAUUAUUGUGAUGCUAAUUGUGGUGACCGCGUACAUAUGUAUGCCUGUUACGCUUGCAACAACUGUGACUUCCUUGUGCACACUCAAUGCGCUAUGUUGCCGGCAUCAAUCAUCAUCCGUAGAUGGGACAAGCAUCACCCGCUGCCAUUGACGUACAAUGCCAAUCUCAAUCAUCCAGGUGAAUUCUACUGCAAUGAAUGUGAAACAGAAAUGAGCCCAAAGAGCUGGAUGUAUCACUGCCGCCACUGCGAUAUAUCCUUCCAUCCCAAAUGCUUUAAAACCACAUCGGGCCAGUUUAGAAACAUCAAGUUCGGAAAGGAAUAUGUGAAUACGAAAGCUCAUCCACACCCUCUCGCCUAUCAACUUCUCACCACAAAACGCCGCUGCGACGGUUGUGAUGAGGAUAAAUAUGAAAGGCCUGGAUUACACUGUGCAUCAUGCAACUUCUUCAUUUGUCUCUACUGCACAAUGCUCAUAUAUAGCAUGACAUGAAGACCGUGGAUUGAUGUUUUACCUCUUUCUUCUUGUAUUGCUUAUGUUUUUGUCUGAUCGUGUUUAAUUUGUGUGUGUGUUUGUUGUUUGUAAUUUAAUCAAACAGAUAGUAUUGUAAUUUACAUGUGGAACACAAUAGUUACAUAAUAGUUACAUAAACUUAUUCCAUGUGGAACACAAUAGUUACAUAAACUUAUUUAAUUAAUUUAGUAUGACAAUAAAUAAA